CACGCCCUGGCCAGUCUCAUCAUCCACGCCCACGACACGCCACCACAACACGCGAUAUUGAGAUUCCACCACACGAAGCGCACGACAGCAAUCCCACACAACCGCAGAACAAAGCAUUCCUUACUAGAAGCAACCCACAACAAUCUACUGGACAAUAUGGCGCCCACACGAACUCGCAAGCGCAAGUCAGACAUGUCGUCGCCAACAACAGCCAGCCCGAUCAAGAAACAGCGCAAGAUGGGGCUCUCCGCGCUCCAGAAACAGGCUCUGAUAGACAACCUCCAGCUAGAACUCACGGAACGCGCCCGAAGACUGCGAGCACAGUACAACGUGCAGGCACAACACUUGCGCUCACGCGUCGAAAUGCGCAUCAACAGAAUACCGACUGCCCUCCGCAAGACAACCAUGGGCGAACUCUUGGCCAAGUCCCUUGAGCCACCAAAGCCAAAGCCCACGAGGCCAGCGUUCACAGCACGGCCACCGCCAGUACCUGCUAAGGACGGCACUUCGCCGAUGCAAAUAGCCCGGAAGCCUGUCACGAAGACUACUGUGGCUACGAAUGCUGCUUCUCGUGGACUGAAGCGCCUGAGCGAGGACUUUGAUGGCAACAAGGAGAACCAGAACGACGCUGUCGAUAAUCCUAAGAAGAGAGUCCGCGCGGCUCCUGCCGUCGCGAAGACGAUGCAGACUCACCAGAUCCUGUCGCCUACAACCUCGAACGCGCGCAUCAUCCCUGCACGCGAGCGGCCCGCGUCUCCCACCAAGUCCAUGCUUGGCCGGCCAGUUUCGCCCGUCAAGUCGCUCGCCGCGAAGUCUUCGUCAAACCUCCUCUCGAACAUGGUUGAGAAAGCAAAGGGCAUCCGCAGCGCAGCUACCAGCAGCCGAAAAACCACUGCGUCCUCGACGGCAAGCUCGAGUUCUAGUACAGCGGCUGCAACCACGGCAACCACGGCGCGUGGCCGCAAGGCUGCUGCGCCCAGCACGACCGCGGCACCCGCGACGACGCGUGGCAGGCGGAAGAUCAGCGCAGCGAGCGAGUCCAGCGAAGGCAGCACUGCGACUGUAGUGAAGAAGACGCCGGCAUCCCGCGCGACAGGGACAAAGGCAGCUGCGGCUGUCAAACGACCAGGGACCGCGAUGAGCACAACGAAGUCGGCGGCAGCCAAAAAGGCAGCACCUGUCAAGACGGCUACUACACCAGCGGCCACCGGGCGCACUUUGAGGAAACGGGCUGCUGUGUAGAGAGUCAAAGCCUUCAGGCGUAUCGAUGAGGGGCAGGAACUUGGACGAUUGGCAAAUAUGAUGACGGAGUUUAGCGUGGGAAAUAUUGGUUCAUGGAGUUCCGGCUUGCUUUUAUGGUAUCACGCUGGCGUAAGGAAAAUACGUAUCAAACUUUUGGACAGGCAAUAAAUGCCCAAGUUCCGUUUUGCCUUUUUUGCC